AUGAAAACUCUGGCUCAGACAGCAAGAGAAUCAGAUCAUUUUCAAGGCAGUGCUCUCUUUGUUCAGCCCAGCAGGUCCUCCAGGAAGCCCAAAUGUGCAAAAGUACUGGCUCCCUUAUGUGUCUUUGAAUGCAGCAGCAGAGUGCGUGUUGGGCUUCCCCGAGGUUGUACAUUUUGGAGUCCACCUGACCACGGAGCUCAGGCCAGGCAGGGUGCCAUAAAGCCAAGACCUACAACCCCAAGGACCUUGCUGUCCUCCUGGACUCAGAGAGAAAAAGAGAGCACAAUGCCCCCUGGUGGUCAUGAGCUGCCAUUGUUCAGUCUCCAACUUCAGGGUCCCAGCGUAGAAGCAGCAGCUCGUUUGCUCAACUUUCGCGGCGUCUCGUGCACUCAAGUCUGGCUCGAGCUUGUGCGCAGACUCACCUCAACCUCAACUGCUGUUACUCAGGCGGAGCUCCAGUCCAGCGGAGCCAUGAUCCUUCUUCUAGUCCUUCUCACCGGAUUUGCCCAACUGUACGCUGACCACGAUUCUCAUAAAAAAGUUCUGCAGACCACAGUUCCAGAGAAGAUUUCAUCAUCUGACCACAGAAAACACAAUAUCGAUUGUAAUUAUCAAGGAUAUGUUGCAGGUUUUCCAAAUUCCCUCGUGGUACUCAACAUUUGUUCUGGACUCAGGGGAAUAUUGCAGUUUAAAAACUUCUCAUAUGGAAUUGAACCAAUGGAAGGCAUAUCAGGAUUUUUGCAUGUGAUUUACGAAGAUAAAAAUGAUAACAUUAAUAUUCCUUCCUUAAGAUUAAAUGAGACUCUUAUUUCAUCUGAUAUUUUAUACAGUGAAAGCAGAAAAAUUCUAAAAUUUGAAUACAUGGGCUCUGACUUUCAGAUUGUAACACAGAAGGUGAUUCUGAUUAUUGGCCUUGUUAACGCUAUGCUAUACCAGUUAAAACUCACUGUUGUAAUACCUUCCAUUGAAAUUUGGUCUGAUGAAAACAAAAUUUCUACUACGGGACAUCCUGAUCGUAUAUUAUAUAGGUUGUUAGACUGGGAUCCAAAACCUUAUUUACUCUUACCCCAUCGUAUUACAUACUUAUUUGCCUUUAGGAAGAAUCCUAUUUCUGUAGGAAGCAUAUAUCCUGGAAAAUUUUGUAGCGAAAUUUAUGCCAAAGGAGUUGUUUUGUAUCUAGAUGGUUUAUCCUUGGAGUCAUUUGCUGUAAUUGUUGUGCAGCUAAUUGGCCUUAAUCUGGGAUUGAGUUUUGAUGAUAAUAGUGACAACUGCCAUUGUUCAACCAGUGCUUGCACAAUGACAUCAAAAGCUGUGCAUAUUGAAGGUAUAAAAGAUUUUAGCACCUGUAAUGUGGAUGAAUUUAAGGUUUUGACUUCACAAUCUGAACUUGAAUGUCUUCUGAACCAACCUUUUGAUAAGCCCGAUGCCAGAUCAUCUACCCAAGCCAAAGUAUGCGGCAAUGGGAUAUUAGAACCUGGUGAACAAUGUGAUUGUGGCACCACAUUGAAGGGGCGCAGCCGACGUGACCGCCCGGCCCCGCCGGCCGCAGUCCGCUGUAGCGUGUGCCUCAGCUCGGUGGUUUCUCAGGCAGUUCAGCCGUCCACUGCCAGGCUGCGCGUUGCCUUAGCUGGGACGCGCCUCUGCGUUCCUCACCGCCUCUUCGCCCGUGGCCACCGUGCACCUUCCCGGGACACAUUUAAGACAGCUGGUGUACUUUGCAGAAAGGCAUAUGACGAUUGUGAUUUUCCUGAAUUCUGUGAUGGGACAAGUGGUGAAUGUGUGCCUGACACCUAUGUACGGGAUGGACACCCUUGUGAAUCGGGUGAUGCGUACUGUUUUAAAGGAAAAUGCCGAUCAUUUAACAGACAAUGUAGAAAUAUAUUUGGAGGAGAUUCUUUAGGUGCUCCUUUUUAUUGUUUCGAGGAAAUUAAUGGCAGAAGGGAUCGAUAUGGAAAUUGUGGCAAGGAAUUUUGUGUCUUUCCCAAUGUUUUAUGUGGAAAAUUAGUUUGUGCAUGGCCACACAAAGAUUUAAUAAGACGUGAAAAUUUAUCUGUGAUUUAUUCACAUAUACGAGAUGCAAUUUGUGUAUCUGCACAUAAUAUCAAUGAAAGACCUCGUUCAAUAACAACGUACCUUGAACCAAGCGACAGAGAUGAGACAUUUGUAGAAGAUGGCACACCGUGUGGUCCUGAUAUGGUAAUUAGAACCUACAAAAAUUCAAGUGUUUAA